AUGGCACAGUGGUCCAGCCUGAGUAGCCUACUAACUCCUCUCUUACAGGUGACGGGUGGCCGCUCCAGCUUCUCUGAAUUCACUCUUUCUGCAGCUGUAGCUGUUGCGUCCACACUGAGAGAAAUGGCCGUCACCAUUCACAACAAGUUUGGCAGCGCUGAUAACAUUGCAACCUUUAAAGAGAUUCUGGAUGAAACCCAAGGAAACGAAGGCGUUGGCCUCGGGGGAAUGAGGACCCAUGGGACAGGACAGUUGCAGUCCAGCCCAAAGUUUGGCAGUGAUGAUGACUGUUCCAACAGCACUACCGGGUCCCCUGGUGGCCUCCCUUGCUGCAGGGGCCCCCUUGAUCAUGGCCAGGCCUCAGGUGUUGCUUUACUCAAUGAAAUCCAAGAACUCAAGGAUAACCAAGGUCAUCUCGAAGACUGCUUUGAAAACUUAAAAGCCUACUACCAGCAAAAUUAUACUGUGAUCACAGAGGCCCUGCUGGAGCAACGAUACAGGUGUGAUCUUUUAGAAGAACAGCUCAGUGACUUGACGGAGCUGCACUACAGUGAAAUUGUUAACUUGAAAGAGGAGCUAAGCAGCAUGGAGGAGGUUACUUAUCAGUUCUAUGAUGGAGCUACAGACAUUCAUGAGGUGCUGCAGGCUUGCCAGACUCGUCUCUUCAAGUUGGAGCAGCAGCAGGUGGUGCAGCUUGAGAGGUUGGAGAACGCCACAGUGCACACUCUCCUUGGAAAACUUAUCAAUGUGCUGCUAACCAUCAUGGCGGUCCUUUUGCUGAUUGUAUCCACUGUGGCUAACUGUAUUGUCCCCUUGAUGAAAACAUACAGCCGUAUGUUUUGUAUGCUGCUUUUUGUAGUCCUCUUCUCCUUCCUCUGGAGGCACCGGGAUUCCACGUCCGAGUAUCUGCAUCAUUUAUUUUGUGUUACACAUCCUGAUUAG